CUGCACCAUUCUGGGGAUUUUCAGACUUUCUAUUGAAUGAACUACUCAUUCCACGAAGCAUGAAUUCCAUCUCUUUCAGGAUCCCUACAUGUCGAGCAUUAUUUCCUAGAUCUAUUAGCAGGUGCUUUUUAAAAAUGCAUGCCGAGUGCAGUGCUGUUCUUGGAUCAGAGCUCUUACUUAUAAAGUUUCUUUGCACAAUUUUGUGUAUGCUUAGGGUCACACGCAUGGGGAGAAGAUGCGUGAAGCGAACCACCGAGCAGCCAUGCAGAUAUUCCAGCAAGUGAAUGCUUCACUCCUGCCUCAGAAUAUUCUAGAUCUCCACGGACUGCAUGUGGAUGAGGCCCUUCAUCAUCUUAGUCAGGUUCUCACCGACAAAAAUUUAGAAUUGAGUCAGGGUUUGUGUCAGCCUCAGCUGUCAGUCAUCACGGGAAGAGGCAAUCGCAGCCAAGGAGGAGUGGCACGCAUCAGGCCUGCUGUACUAGACUACCUCAAAAACCACCACUUCAGUUACACCGAGCCUAAGACCGGAUUGGUGCUGGUCACGCUUCACAAAGAGCUGCUAUAAUGAAGCUUUUACUUUUAGAUUUCUCUCUUUCCACUGCCUUAAUCCAGAGCGUCUUCUCUGAGGACUAAUAGUGCCAGUAUUUACACAGUUCUUUUGUCAGUUUACUACAUGCAUAUUUUCACGUCUUUCAGUAAUUGUGCAUCGAAGUCAUAAAAAUCAAGGUACUACAUAUUUACAGUGUUUUAUAAUGUAUUGAGCUGUAUAUACAGAUUAUACUAUCUUGAAUGUUGAUGCUCCCUCCGCAAGGCCAUUAGUCACAGGAUGGUUUAUUCUCUUCAGUGUUGUUGGUAUAUAUAGAAAUAUAUUUAAUAGCGUUUCUGGAAAUAUAAAUGCUGAUGCUCAGUCAGCUUUGCAUUUUAGUUGGUUUGUGAGCAGCUUGGACGGAUCCUAGAUCAGAAUGAUACAUUUUAUGUUGCUUUGACGUGCUAGUGCUCGAGUUUUAGCUCAGCUUUGGUUUUUAUAUUUCCAGUUUAAAAUGUUGAUGCCACGCAUAUUUUUAUAGACAUCUUAAUGCUGCUAUGCAAAUCACAAUUCUUAUGUGUAAGAAUUUAUUCUGGAAAAUGUUUUUGUGAAAUUGUAUAUUUGGACAGAUUUUAUAUGUAUAAUUUUGUUUU